AUGGCUGCUCCGUGUUGUGUUGUGCACCCUGGUUGUGUUGUGUGUUGUGUACCCUGGUUGUGUUGUGUGUUGUGCACCCUGGUUGUGUUGUGUGUUGUGUACCCUGGUUGUGUUGUGUGUUGUGUACCCUGGUUGUGUUGUGUGUUGUGCACCCUGGUUGUGUUGUGUGUUGUGUACCCUGGUUGUGUUGUGUGUUGUGUACCCUGGUUGUGUUGUGUGUUGUGUACCCUGGUUGUGUUGUGUACCCUGGUUGUGUUGUGUACCCUGGUUGUGUUGUGUGUUGUGUACCCUGGUUGUGUUGUGGGUUGUGCACCCUGGUUGUGUUGUGUACCCUGGUUGUGUUGUGUGUUGUGCACCCUGGUUGUGUUGUGUGUUGUGCACCCUGGUUGUGUUGUGUGUUGUGUACCCUGGUUGUGUUGUGUACCCUGGUUGUGUUGUGUGUUGUGCACCCUGGUUGUGUUGUGUGUUGUGCACCCUGGUUGUGUUGUGUGUUGUGUACCCUGGUUGUGUUGUGUGUUGUGUACCCUGGUUGUGUUGUGUGUUGUGCACCCUGGUUGUGUUGUGUGUUGUGUACCCUGGUUGUGUUGUGUGUUGUGCUCCCUGGUUGUGUUGUGUGUUGUGUACCCUGGUUGUGUUGUGUGUUGUGUCCCCUGGUUGUGUUGUGUGUUGUGUACCCUGGUUGUGUUGAGUGUUGUGUACCCUGGUUGUGUUGUGUGUUGUGCACCCUGGUUGUGUUGUGUGUUGUGUACCCUGGUUGUGUUGUGUGUUGUGUACCCUGGUUGUGUUGUGUACCCUGGUUGUGUUGUGUGUUGUGCACCCUGGUUGUGUUGUGUGUUGUGUACCCUGGUUGUGUUGUGUGUUGUGUACCCUGGUUGUGUUGUGUGUUGUGUACCCUGGUUGUGUUGUGUGUUGUGCACCCUGGUUGUGUUGUGUGGUGUGUACCCUGGUUGUGUUGUGUGUUGUGUACCCUGGUUGUGUUGUGUGUUGUGUACCCUGGUUGUGUUGUGUGUGUGCACCCUGGUUGUGUUGUGUGUUGUGCACCCUGGUUGUGUUGUGUGUUGUGUACCCUGGUUGUGUUGUGUGUUGUGCACCCUGGUUGUGUUGUGUGUUGUGUACCCUGGUUGUGUUGUGUGUUGUGUACCCUGGUUGUGUUGUGUGUUGUGUACCCUGGUUGUGUUGUGUACCCUGGUUGUGUUGUGUGUUGUGCACCCUGGUUGUGUUGUGUGUUGUGUACCCUGGUUGUGUUGUGUGUUGUGUACCCUGGUUGUGUUGUGUGUUGUGUACCCUGGUUGUGUUGUGUGUGUGCACCCUGGUUGUGUUGUGUGUUGUGUACCCUGGUUGUGUUGUGUGUUGUGUACCCUGGUUGUGUUGUGUACCCUGGUUGUGUUGUGUGUUGUGCACCCUGGUUGUGUUGUGUGUUGUGUACCCUGGUUGUGUUGUGUGUUGUGUACCCUGGUUGUGUUGUGUACCCUGGUUGUGUUGUGUACCCUGGUUGUGUUGUGUGUUGUGCACCCUGGUUGUGUUGUGUGUUGUGUACCCUGGUUGUGUUGUGUGUUGUGUACCCUGGUUGUGUUGUGUACCCUGGUUGUGUUGUGUGUUGUGUACCCUGGUUGUGUUGUGUGUUGUGCACCCUGGUUGUGUUGUGUGUUGUGUACCCUGGUUGUGUUGUGUGUUGUGCACCCUGGUUGUGUUGUGUGUUGUGUACCCUGGUUGUGUUGUGUGUUGUGUACCCUGGUUGUGUUGUGUGUUGUGCACCCUGGUUGUGUUGUGUACCCUGGUUGUGUUGUGUGUUGUGCACCCUGGUUGUGUUGUGUGUUGUGUACCCUGGUUGUGUUGUGUGUUGUGCACCCUGGUUGUGUUGUGUGUUGUGUACCCUGGUUGUGUUGUGUGUUGUGCACCCUGGUUGUGUUAUGUGUUGUGUACCCUGGUUGUGUUGUGUGUUGUGUACCCUGGUUGUGUUGUGUGUUGUGUACCCUGGUUGUGUUGUGUGUUGUGUACCCUGGUUGUGUUGUGUACCCUGGUUGUGUUGUGUGUUGUGCACCCUGGUUGUGUUGUGUGUUGUGUACCCUGGUUGUGUUGUGUGUUGUGUACCCUGGUUGUGUUGUGUACCCUGGUUGUGUUGUGUGUUGUGCACCCUGGUUGUGUUGUGUGUUGUGUACCCUGGUUGUUUUGUGUGUUGUGUACCCUGGUUGUGUUGUGUGUUGUGCACCCUGGUUGUGUUGUGUGUUGUGUACCCUGGUUGUUUUGUGUGUUGUGUACCCUGGUUGUGUUGUGUGUUGUGCACCCUGGUUGUGUUGUGUGUUGUGUACCCUGGUUGUGUUGUGUGUUGUGUACCCUGGUUGUGUUGUGUGUUGUGUACCCUGGUUGUGUUGUGUGUUGUGCACCCUGGUUGUGUUGUGUGUUGUGUACCCUGGUUGUUUUGUGUUUGUGUACCCUGGUUGUGUUGUGUGUUGUGUACCCUGGUUGUGUUGUGUGUUGUGUACCCUGGUUGUGUUGUGUGUUGUGUACCCUGGUUGUGUUGUGUGUUGUGUACCCUGGUUGUGUUGUGUACCCUGGUUGUGUUGUGUGUUGUGCACCCUGGUUGUGUUGUGUGUUGUGUACACUGGUUGUGUUGUGUGUUGUGUACCCUGGUUGUGUUGUGUACCCUGGUUGUGUUGUGUGUUGUGCACCCUGGUUGUGUUGUGUGUUGUGUACCCUGGUUGUUUUGUGUGUUGUGUACCCUGGUUGUGUUGUGUGUUGUGCACCCUGGUUGUGUUGUGUGUUGUGUACCCUGGUUGUUUUGUGUGUUGUGUACCCUGGUUGUGUUGUGUGUUGUGCACCCUGGUUGUGUUGUGUGUUGUGUACCCUGGUUGUUUUGUGUGUUGUGUACCCUGGUUGUGUUGUGUGUUGUGUACCCUGGUUGUGUUGUGUGUUGUGUACCCUGGUUGUGUUGUGUGUUGUGUACCCUGGUUGUGUUGUGUGUUGUGUACCCUGGUUGUCUCGGAUGGUGAAGUUGGGGUUGAUGCGUUUGUCUGGAAUCAUGGAGAAGUAGAAAUGAUGUCCUUCUGUCGGGUCAUCUGGGUCCAACGCACUGAGCAGCUGGAUGAGCUGUGA